CAGUAUGUCUCGGAAAAUCUCAUGGAUUGCUGCCUUCUUGGAACGAGGGUAAUGACCCUGUUUUUCACGAUUUGUUAUCUGCUUCCUUUUCUUUCACCCGUAGCACCGGACUCGGCCUACUACAAAGCUUUUGCUGCAGCUGCUGCAACUAAUGCGCUGCGAAUGCAGCAACGGGUUGGAACAGUUUCUUUUACUCGCGAGUUCUUCGCUCGCCUUAUGCUUGAAGAUAGUUGUCACUACUUAUUUUACGCUAUUCUAUUUCUGACUUCUGCACCUGUGACAAUGGCCCUUCUUCCAAUUUCUCUAUUCGCAGCUCUACAUGCAGCUUCCCAGCUGGUAAAAUUACUAACGGCAAUUGGACAUGGAGGCUCGUUUCUUGCUUGCCGUUUGGCUUCUAUAGCUCAACAACACACUACAAACUGUCUCGGAAUCAUCGCUUGUGGAGAGAUUUUCCUUAUUCCAGUUCUCAUCUCCAUGAUUUUUGUCGGUAAGGCUUCGCUGUUCGUGCCUUUUGUUUAUUAUCGUUUUCUCACUUUACGGUACGCGUCGCAAAGGAACCCAAGCACAAGGCAAGCUUUCGCUCAGAUGCGCUAUUCUCUGGACCAAGUGGCGGCAUCUCCCAAUUGUCCUCAGAUCGUACGAUCACUUAUUUACAACUCUGUUGCUUUCAUCUCUCGACUUGCUCCCGUUGCUUAA